CACGCAGUCUUCUCGUCGAAGACUUGUGCACGAUGAAAGAUAUAUCUCGUCUAACACGUUUGCUUCAUACGUUUCUGUUUUUUCCCGAUCCCCACCCAGAUCACUCGUUUGUUCCAUGGUGGUGGUGAUGAACCACGAGGUCAUUCUCGUCAUGCAUCUCGUGAUAAAUCAGUAUACGCACUUCUAUUCGCGUCUUUGAGGAAGAACUCGCGUUCGGCAAAGCGCUCUAAUGACGGAUGAUUAACAGGCAAUCGGUUGUCGCGUGCCGCAAUCGAUCCGUAACAGGAAUUGAAAUCUCUGUGAUUCCCGUGCGAUUUCAAUUAAAGUCGCUACAAUUCCUAUAAUUACGUUUUUUUAAUGUGUGUAUAUCUUCCAUGCAAAUGAUCAUGUACGCUAUUGUCGUUAACAGAAAACGGUUCUGAAAAGUUUUUUCUGCUUGAAUCACUUUGAUAUUUGACUUUUUUUGAAUUUACAGUUACUCAACAAAUAUCGUAAUUUAACCCCGAUUUGGUGUAUUCAUGUAAAAUUAUUAUUUAUGUCUCUUACAAAAGUCGCUUGUGCUUCUUAUUUGGACGAUUAUCGAAUUAUACUUGCAAUAUCUACUUUUUAAAAAUAAUUUUAAAAAGUAAUACUUUUUAAAAAAUAAUUUUGAGUUAGAUCUACAGCUUUUUUACUUAUACAUAGAGAAAAUGUUAUGUUAACAACAUUAGUGAUUGAAAAUAGUAUUGUUAAUUUAAUACGUUAUGUCUUUGUAGACUAUUUCUAAUUAAAUCUUACACUAAUUUUGAACUGCUAAUGUAUUACCAAUUUUUUUCUUUAUUUAUAAUACUUUAUAUAAAUUGCUCAUUUAUCGUAUGUAUUACACACCCAAGUAGCAAACUGAUGUCAAAUAUGGUCUUAAAGACGUUUUAAUGACGUUUAAAACGUCAAGAAGACGUCAUUAAAACAAUAUUUGACGUCACCUUGCUACUUGGAACAUUUUAUCUUUUAUGCAACUGGGAUAAAAUCGAAAACUACAUAGAUAUAAAACGAGGAAAAAUUUCAUUAUUUCUCACUAAUAUAAAAUAGAUCAAUAUUAAAGUCUUGGAAUUGUAUCUGUAUUAAUCAUUACAUGUAUCUCUUAUUACGAGAGAUUUCUUAUUACGUCGUGUAAUGGUUUUUUUACUAUAUUAUCCAUGAAAAGUACGUACAUUAAAUUCCUAAAAAAAAUCCUAAUGCAAAAUAUAAGUAGCAAUGAAAGCAGUCUUAUUUAUUUUAUAAAAAAGGGAGAAUGAAAUCGAUCGAGUUGUAAUGUAAAAGUAGAAGGCGGAUUUUUUUACAAGCUUUUAAGCGAGUUUUUCAAAUUUUUUUUAUAGACCUUAUUAUGAUCAAUAAUUUGUUCUUUUUACAAUAUUUUUAUUUUGUACAUACAUUAUUAAGCUAUUAUAGAAACCUGAAGAUAAAUGUACGUUUCUUGACACGUCAGAGAUGCCGGGCUUACAAUACAUGGAACAAAUUCGAUUCGAUCCAUCAUGAUUGACAUUACGACGCUGCCAAAGACCCGAUGGGUUUAAUAAGACCAGUUUUAUUACGAGCGAACUACGUGUGCAUACAUCCAGGGAUGUAGCCUUUGUCCGAAUGUUAUUUGCAACAAGAAGUUGGUGUGAUGACGUACAACUAUUAGCAGUUUAGUAAUACGUGAAUUAUUCUGCGGUAAACAAAUUAAUGACUUCGCAGAAAAUGUGUACUUUUACGAAAGAGAAAUAUUUUUAUGAAUAAAUGAAAGUGUUAAAUAUUUAUAUUCCACGCUUACUAAAAGGAUGUAUCAUAAUGCGAAAGAAUAUGCUUACGUGUAAGUAGCGUGUGCUUGAGUAAUAAUAAUGAGAUGGUUUCUGAAUUAAUUUAAUGGGAUUUGUAAGCGUGUUCUUUGAUUAAUUCGAAGACGACCUUUCUUGCAAUUAGUAAAAUUCUCAUGAAUUGCGUUUUAAGAUGAAUAAUAAAACUUUACAAUUCUUACUUAUUUUUAUUAUACAUAUAAAGAAUUAACUAAAAAGUCUUAUUUAUAUACAUUGCACAUAUUCAUAUUAAUAUAAUAUAAUAAAUAUAAUAAUAGUACAAAAUUAAUAUAACGUAAUAUAAAUGUAGUAUCGAUAAUUAAAUAAUUGCUACAAAUGGAAAUCUCAAAACAGUUUCAUCAAUUCAGAUAAAAUUAUUUUCAGAUUUAUAUCCAUGUAUUUAUAUGUAAAUUUUUUUACUAAAUCUUAAAUAUUGAAUUAACGUUUUAUGUAAUCGACGCUUUUAAUUGAGAAGAGGUUUAUUUUUAUACAAGCAAAGCGUAAAUAAUGCUACUUGAUUAAAGUAUGAAAACAACGCAAUUUUCCUAUAAAUUAACUAGUUAUUAGGUACCUAGUUAUUGGAAACAGAUGCAAAUAUUUAAUGAAAUGCACCAGGAAGAAUCUGGCGGAUACGUCAUUGCUUGUAUAAUUAUGAUAAUAUUUUAAUGACAGUUUGACUUACGGAUCGCCAAUCGUUGAUAAAUGACUUCAUCGUCAAGCGCAGCCCACAUGCACUUCGUUACGCAUUAUCCACUGUACUUAAGGCGAGAAUUCGUUUUAAAGGUCUUUGUUUGAAGAAGGUGUCGAUACGCCGUGUAUUAGAUUCGCAAUAUGCACAGAGAGCUUGCACUCGCGUUAUUCGUCGCAAUCUUGUUCAGGAAUUCCGCGACGCGAAAAAGUGAAGAAAAAUGUAAGGAAUACGCCGAUUUGGUUUAUGAGACUGAAAACUCGCCGACUUUGCGUAUCAAUGCUGGCUCGAAUAGAGUCUCUCGCUGCGCUGUCAUCGAGACACCUCUAAUCAUCGGCGGAAUCCAAGCGAAACACGCGGAAUUUCCGCACAUGGCGGUGAUCGGUUAUGGCAAUAGUGAUGUGUCCUGGCAAUGUGGUGGAAGCGUCAUUUCCGAGAACUUUAUUCUGACAGCGGCGCACUGUAUGGAAUCCCCAGACAAGGGACCAGCAAGCAAAGUGCGAGCUGGUUUGAUUAAUUUAUUAACUCCGGACAACUCUAUGCAAGAGAGAAAUGUUGCGGAAAGAAUUAGAUAUCCGGAUUACACGUUUUCAGUUAGGUAUCACGAUAUAGCGUUACUCAAGCUCGAUCGUUCAUUGGAGUUGAAUCCUCGUGUGCGACCUGCGUGUCUUGAAGUAAAUUCCCAUAUACCAGGCAAAAGUGCUAUUGCUUCUGGGUUUGGCAAAACAUCUUACGAAUCCAAUACCGGUAGUAACGAAUUGAUGAAGGUCCAGUUGAAUUACAUUUCCGAAAAUGAUUGUAAAAAGGCUUACGCUGAAGAUCUUGGUACUCGACGACUGCCCGAUGGCUUGAUAUCGAGUUUACUUUGUGCUGGCAUAAUGGAGGGUGGUAAAGACACUUGUCAGGGUGAUAGCGGUGGUCCGUUGCAAAGAAUUCUUGCGGAACCUUACUGCAUGUAUAGCAUCGUGGGUGUGACGAGCUUCGGCAAGUUUUGUGCCUUCAAAGACUCGCCCGCGAUAUACACCCGAGUUAGUUCUUAUCUCGAUUGGAUUGAAAAUACCGUGUGGCCAUAAGGAUUAAACACGAAAGCAUAUCAGUGAAUACGCAAUCCUUUAAAUUGUAUUUUUUAAUAGUUUUAAAAAUAGUAAAUUGCAUCCAAGUAUGAACAGUUCUAUAUUGCAUAAAAAAAGGAAUGUAUUUAAUGUUUAAGAACAUGGAUACAUUUAAAAUUAAAGAGCAAAAUCAAUACA